ACAGUAAACGUUGUAAGCCAGAGAUGCACAUAGUGUGAGAUAAACGCAUCAGUCUCAAGACGCCUUGAUCCAUUGCUUCUUUCAUCGGUGCAGCCUGUGCAGUCGUGGAGGCUGCUGUCUGGCCAAUAACAUUACCCGUUGGCUAGAGGAUCUUCACAAUCUUUGCCCUUCUUGCACGUACAUAUAUAUCCAUCCUUACCUUACGCAUUUCUAACCUUACGAGACUAUCAAUUCAUUCGAAAAUCAGGAAUAACUCAUUAACUAUAACCCAAAUGUAACAAACAUUCUUACUGGAAUGUUACUAAAGGUCCACUCUAAUUUCUUCAGCUAAAAAAUUCACCAAUUAUGUCUGUGAAGCCAGAAAAUUAAUGUCUCACUGGAGACCCGACAAGAUACUUGAGAUUACCGAGGGUUGUUGUAGAUACUACAGAGAAUAUCAACAUGCAGACAAUAAAGUGCGUUGUAGUUGGCGAUGGUGCCGUGGGUAAAACGUGUCUUCUGAUUUCAUAUACGACCAAUAAAUUUCCAUCCGAAUAUGUACCCACAGUUUUUGAUAAUUAUGCUGUCACAGUAAUGAUAGGUGGUGAUCCGUAUACUUUGGGAUUAUUUGAUACUGCUGGUCAGGAAGAUUACGAUAGGCUGCGGCCAUUAAGUUACCCUCAAACAGAUGUAUUCCUCGUUUGUUUUUCUGUAGUGUCGCCUUCGUCGUUUGAAAAUGUUAAAGAGAAGUGGGUGCCAGAAAUAACGCAUCAUUGUCCAAGGACACCGUUUCUGCUCGUCGGCACUCAAAUCGAUUUGAGAGACGACGGUGCUACUACCGAAAAAUUGGCAAAAAAUAAGCAGAAACCGAUAUCGGCGGAGCAAGGAGAGAAACUUGCCAAAGAGUUGAAAGCAGUGAAAUACGUGGAAUGUAGUGCCCUUACGCAAAAAGGCUUGAAGAACGUGUUCGAUGAAGCUAUACUAGCUGCGCUCGAACCACCGGAACCAGUAAAGAAAAGGAAAUGCGCGCUCUUAUAAAAAGGGUAUUUAUUUUGAAAGUGAUGCAUGUCCAGAAGGGAAACAAAAGUUACGUGUAACGACAGCGAGCGGCAAAUCUAACGCGUAGUAUAAAAAGCACUGUUAGAAAAUUGAAACUGUGCUUUCGUGGUUCCUCUUUUGGAAAAGAAAUAACUAAUCAUCGAACAGAAAUGUAAACAGCCGCUAGUAUCAACACGACAAUUCCAAUCGAUGUAAUUGUAUCUAUACUACCACGUUACGAUCGCAACCACAUUCCACGCAGCGUGAAAUUCUAGCUUGAAAUUUUGAUCGGCUCAUACGUUUCGAACUGUACUGCACAAACGUUUUCAAAUUUUUGAAACUUCGCUUCGGGAGAGGGAGAGAGAUUACGCGUACAAACAAAGCGUUACUACAUUUUUUUCGCUAAAAAGACUCGUUCGAGAGAUCUCCGUCGUUCAAAAUUUUAUGCGAUACUCGUAUCGCAACGAUUGGUGCUAUCGCUGUUGACGACGUUCUCGCGUUUCUAGUAUUCACGAAUUAUGCAGAUCGGUACGCAAGAGGCAUUCGUCGAAUCUGUCAAAGAUCAGUCCUUCUAGGGGUGAAAGAAAGACAAUUUGGAGUGUUCCUUUAUAUACCUAUAUAUACUGGACGAAAUUGUUCCGAGCGAGACCAGUAUUAGAGAUUUUGCGACUAAUGUAUAGACAUACAGUACAUAUAUCAUAGAUACCACGGUUUAUAGAUACGUAUGUGUAACUCAGACUGCAUAUAACGAAGCGAACGGAAACGUUGUCAUCGUCGUUUCUUUGCGUCAGGUAUUGUUGCAAAUAUUUUCAAAGUCUGCCCCACCGAUUCGAUUCCGUAGAAGGCAGCUGUGCCAGGCAAAGCGUUUCCGCGGAACCGUGUUGCUUUCAAAGACUUCCGGCAUCUGAUUUUGUACAUAUCAGCGCCUGUCACGACACACAUCGAUCGAUUUAAUUAAACCGACAGAGCAAACGGUAUGAAUAAAUACGCAUUUACACUUACUUCGUCGGUAAGACUCGAGUCCAUCGGCGGUAUACCGGGUAGCACUGACGAUCAGCGGCGCUAACCGCGGCUGACCGAAGUGUUACCGCGAGUUCAAUACGAAAACGACCUAAUUCGGGUCGUCUUGGUCGACGCGAUUGCAUAUUAUUUAUUGACCGACCAUCGUAUUAUUCGUUGAUCAACCAUUCUCACCGCCUAAUAUUUUUCUCACCAACUUGUUUAAACGUAACGUAAGCUGGGUAUACCCGCGAACGGGAAGCUCGUCCUUUGGGGCGUGACCUUUUUCACCAGAUCGUACAACUUCGUGUUCGUGUUCGUGUUCGUGUUCGUGUUCGUGUUCGUCUUCGUGUUCGAAUAGGCACCGCGCGUACGAUAACCGAGAUCGAGUAUCGCGGGGGAAUCAACGAUCGUACACCCUGUAUCCAGUUAAGAGAGGUGGCAUUUAGUAGCAUUGUACGUGUCACACUAUGUAGACACAAAACAUAUAACGAAAUAUUCACAUAAAUAUAUUUAUACUAUGCAUAAAGAAGGGACACGUCAAUUCCAGAGCGAACUCCGUAAGGCCUAUUGCAUUCUCGUCCUGUCCACUGUUUCCUUUCUGGAAAGUAACAAUAACGAAUUCAUUGGCGGAACCCCUUCGGCGCGAGACAACUAACCAUUUGCACUCGAGAGGUGACUCGGUGACCACUUGAUUCGAUACAUCAAAAUUACAAAAACCUUACACGUAAGAUUAAGCUUUGUACAAUGCGUCGACAUGUGAAAUAUUGAAAUAAAAUAGCUUCGUUUCUUAACCCACGGUAUAUUUUCUCAUCGGUUUCAAAGAAUCUCCUCUAUCAUCGAAAACCAUCGAACGUUCCCAGUGGAAAACUUUCGAGUGCAAACAGUUAAUAACAAGGAUCAACACUAGAACUAUCAGAUUGUCCAGAACAAUGUAGAACUUCUUCCUUUAGAAUCAUUGGAAAGCCACAAAUGAUUUUCCGUAGAACUAUUAAGCGAAUCUUUAUCGGUAGCGUAUGAACUAAAACGCGAGUCCAUCUAAGUUCCGAUGAACGCGUUCUAACUUGUACAAGAAAUCUGUCUGUUCCUUCCACGCGGUAGUUCCAGUGUUAAGCUGAGAGUAAGAACAAAGAGUGCAACGCAUACAAAGUAGACAAUCUAGCAGAAAUGACAACAAAGCAUUUUAGUUUCGUAG